UUAUUUUGGAUUUCUCUCCUUUGUUUUCUUUUUUAACUAUAAUCAGUUUGUGUUUUAUGAAUUUCUCUUUUUCAUCAGUUAAAUUUUCUUGACAAUGCUAUCGGAUUUACGUAUUUGUUUAGGAAUUUUAUCGAUGGAUGAUAAUAGUUACGAUUGCAGAUCCACGCCUUAUAUCAUAGAAACUAUAUAAUAGAUCAUAAAGCUAUAACCUAAAGUUAUGUAAAUUUUUUCCUUCGUUUAAUUUUUUCGAAUGCGAUAAAAAAAAAAUUAUUGUAGGAUUUUUAAUUUUACAGAACCAUAAACAAUCGCAAAAACUAUUUCGUAGCUAAUAAAAUUAUGAACCUAAAUUUCGGCAAGCUCUUUCCUUCAUUUAAUUUUUUCAACUGAGGGUUGACCCUUUUGAUGUUCCGGAGAGGAUAGUUUUGUGGCAACAAUGGAAAACAUUGUGGCGCUCCUUUUUGAAGUGCAUUAGAGAAAAAGUGAACUCGUAACUGUUUCAAUAAUUUUGCUCUAAAAUGAAUUCAAUGAGGGCCGUAACCCGCAUAUCUCCAGUUAAUAUGUGGUCAAACGAAGCAUUUUCCAAACUGACCUCACCAGAACAGUUUGGAAAACCAUACAAAGUUGAGGUAUGCUUUGUAAAUGAUCCACGCACUGGAAUGCAAUACAGAAUGGAAACUUCUUACAUUUUUGAAAAUGGCGAUUCUACAAAUCAAGAUAUGUCUCUUCAAUGUAACCAGGUACCUGGCCUGGUUCCUGCUAAUACAUCUAGUGCAGGAGAUGACCAAAAUGUUUACUUUUUAAAUGUGCCAAAAGAAAUUAAAAAUUCUACACUACCAUCUCUAUUGGGUGUUCAAAAUACCUUAUCAAAUAAAUCAGGCAGUAAAAGCUGUGGUCUAAAAGAGGGCCGUAGGAGAUCGUCAGAAAAAAAAGUUCAGAGUGAAUCAGAUAUUAGUAAAAAACUUUUAGAACCUAUAUUGCAGUAUUUUGUUGAAAAUGAAUGCCUCAUUUGUGGAUUCAUAGCGUUGUAUGAAUCUGACCUCGACAGCAUCAAACACAUGACGACUCAUAUUCGUCAGGAUUCUUACUUCUGUGACUGUUGCCGAAAACCGUAUGUCUCCGCUUCUGAGUUGUAUAAACAUAAGAUCGACAAAUCUAAAAAGAAACCGUACGUUUGUGAAGUUUGUGGCAAAAAAUUUAAGAGGAAUUACUUUUUAACGUCACAUAUUCGGGCUGAUCAUGUUGCUCUUCCUUCUUCAACAAGCAAUUCAUCUCAACAGCAACCUGCUGUUUCAUCUGCUGAAGAAACUAAACAGGCACCUAAACAAAGUGUUUUUAAUGAUUUGUCUGAAUUAAAGCAAAAAUUUAAUUUGAAUAACUGCCCACAGUCAAAAUUAAAAUCUACUGAAACCUCUUUAGUUAAUUCUGCUCAAUUAAAAACAAAAUCUGCUUUGGUUAUUGUUCCUCAUUUGGAACCAAAAUCUGCUUUAGUUAUUACUCCUCUAUUCGAGCAAAAGUCUAAUGAAUCUGCUUUGGUUAUUACACCUCAAUCGGAACAGAAAUCCGAUAUAUCUUUUAUUGCUCCUCAAACGGAGCAAAAAUCCAAUAAACCUGCCUUGAUUAUUGCUCCUCAAUCAGAACAAAAAUCUGAUAUGUCUGUUUUGAAAAAUUCUUCUAAAGAAAAAUCGGAUAUAUCUGUUUUGAAAAAUUCUUCUAAAGAAAAAGAAAAAUCAGAUAUAUCUGUUUUGAAAAAUUCUUCCAAAGAAAAAGAAAAAUCUAAUAAUUCUGGCCCAAAAUCAAAACUAGCAUUUCGGCAACCUGCCUCAAAUAUUUCUCCUAAAUCUGAGCAAAAACCCAGUAAAUCUGCUCUGCACUUUUCCUCUGACUCAAAUAUCAAACAAGCGCAAAAAAAUUUCGUGAGAUCUAAGAAUUAUUUUCCUGAAAAAAAGAAACUAAUUAAUCCUGCCUUUCGGUGCACAAUUUGUCAUAGGAAGUUUAAUUCUUUGAAGUUUAUUAGCGAUCAUAGAAGAUGCCAUGGCGGUAUUGAAAGAUUCAAAUGCUUAAUUUGUUUUAAGCAUUUUUUCAAUAGUGGAGUUUUAAAGCAUCAUAAUCAUGUGAAAAUAUCUAGAGCUUCAUAUAGUCAUUCAAAGCAAAAUUCAAAAAAAUUGUCGAUAAAAGAGCAUUCAUUCAAACAAAUAUCUGCUAAUUCUACCUCGAGUAAUUCCCUUCCUUCAAAAUUAAUGUCUGCUAAAUCUGAUUUGAAUAAUUUUCCACAAUCAAAGCAAAAACAAGCUCAAUCUGCCUCAAGUAAUUCCUCAUCAUCUAAACAAAUGCUUGCUAAAACUUCUUUGAGUAUUUCUUCUCCUUCAAAAUUAUCAACUAAAUCUCCUUUGAGUAAUUCUCCUCAAUCAAAAUUAGUAUCUAUUAAAUCUCCUUUGAGUCAUUCUCUUUCUUCAAAACAAGAUCUCUCGGAUUCAAGUAAUUCUCUUUCUUCAAAACAAGGUAUAUCUGAUUCAAGUAAUUCCCUUCCAUCAAAACAAAAGCAUGGUGAAUCUCCCUUGAGUCAUUCUAUUCCUUCAAAACAAGAUAUAUCUGAUUCAAGUAAUUCCCUUCCAUCAAAACAAAAGCAUGGUAAAUCUCCCUUGAUUAAUUCUUCAAAAAAAGAUCUAUCUGAUUCAAGUUAUUCCCUUGCAUCAAAACAAAAGCAUGGUAAAUCUGUUACGAGUAAUUCUCAUUCAAAACAAAGACACAGUAUUCCAUCUUUAAGUAAUUCUCCUCAAUCAAGUAAAUAUAAUUCUCAACGCUCUAAGAAAAGUGAUUCCAGAUUGAAAAAGAUUAUUCAACCUGCCUUUGCGUGUACGAUUUGCCAUAGAAAGUUCCAUUCUUUACAGUUUAUCGGGGAUCAUAGAAGAUGCCACGGAGGUAUUGAGAGGUUCAAAUGCUUGAUCUGUUUUAAGCAUUUCUUCAACAGUGGAAUACUGAAGCAUCACCAUCAUAUGAAAACUAUUUCUGAUAGCCUAAGGUGCAAAACUUGCAAAAAAUUCUUUCCUUCGACUACAAGUCUAGAAGAACACAGCAAAUGUCAUAAGAGAAAACAGUUGUUUUCUUGUCCCAUUUGUAAUGAAAAGUUUUAUCUGGAGAGUAAAUUGUUAAAACACAAAAAGUCUGUACAUCACAACUUGUAUGGACUUGUGUGAAGAACCAAGGACUCAAAAUUCUUGCUGGCUUCUUGAUUUGAAAUAAAUUCUUGAUUUGAGUUACAGA